CAACACGUCAUUAGAGCUCAGUACAGUAGCACCAUAUUCACGCCGAUUGAUAUUUGCGCAACGGAUUUUGUGUAAUCAUAUAUUUUCUAAAAAAGUCGCUCAUACCGCAUUCAAAGCCAACUCUCAAAAUUUCUUUGAAAUAUUACAAACUAUUUGAAUUGUUUGCGAUUGCAAUUCAGUGGAAAAGUCAUCAUGGCCACUUGGAUAAAACCAAAAUUACCUUGUUGUGAAGAGAACGAGAAAAAUCGAAAAGCAAGUGCCGACGGAGAAAAUAAUGCUAAAAUACAUUGUGAUUACUGUCAAUGUACAUUUUCGGAAAAAAAUUCACAAAAUAACCAUUCCAAAGACGAACAUGGAUGUCGACAAUGCAAUCGAAUGUAUCUGACCAAACGCAACCGUAUUCGGCAUCGGGAGUUGCAUAAACAAGAAGAGCUAAAUAAACAAACGAAAGCAGCCGCAGAAAAAAAAGAGCGGGAAAAUGACAAUAGAAAAAAUAAAAAGAAGACGUACGCAUUUGUCACCGAUUUUCUUAUCCCAAAAAAAUUGGACGAGUUCGAACCAGAUCCCGAAUGUCUGUAUGAUUUUAAUUUCAUUUUCCGUGUAUAUCGAUGGAUAGUGGAAAAAGACGAUCUCGUGUUCUUUAUUAAAAGAAUGAAAAUGCAUUUUGGUGAUGUUUAUGAACUCAUUGAAGCUGAUGAGGUUAUAUAUUUACUACAAAAUGGUGCGGUGUCAAUUGACGAUGCAUCUAAAUGGAUAGAUAGAAUAGUCACAGAAUCUAAACCGGUGAUUGAAUAUUUUCUGGACAAUGGCAUCAAAAUUGAACCACGUUGGGUUGCCCGUAAUAUCACCGAUAACCGCCUAAUCGAACGCAUUAAAAUAAAGCAUCAAUUCACAUUUAACGAAGUUUACACAUCAAACUAUAGAUCAAACUGUAAAACAAAAAAACUUUCCGAUUUUGAAAGAGAUUGUUUUUAUGUCAAUGUUCACCAUCAUUUUCCGAAUCCAGAUUUUGUAGACCCAUUUAAGAAUCCAUAUGAAGAAUACACCCAUGUGACUAGCCAACACGUCAAAGAUAUUUUAAACAAUCGUUAUUGGUAUAACCAAAAGGAUGAUGAGCUGUUUAUUUUGGUUGGUGAAAAAUAUGGUAAUAAGCGGCGACGUCACAUAUCACUUGGCACUUGCAAAAAUUUCAUGAACAGAGAUGUUAAAACGUUAAUCGACAACUAUAACAGUACUAUUUACGAUUAUGAGGCUGCAAAAGAAAAAGUGAGCAAAUUAUUUGCUCAACUGGAGACGAUUAAAUGCGAUGUGGAAAGGCGAAAGUCGGGAGAAUACGCAUGGAUUUCGGCCGAAUUAUUUAAAGGAGCAUUGCCGGAGAGAAACACUUAUGCCGCAGAUAUAGCCAAAUUGUAUUUCAUCAUUUCACAGAUAGAAUUUCUUACUAAUUAAGAACGCAACCAGGAAUGUACUUCAAAGGUGAUUCAUAGAUAGAUAGAAUAGAUUUCCCCUCCACUGAAAUAUCUGAAACUAAGUUAAUAUUAACUCAAAUACGAAACAAAAUUAUUAUUACUUAAGUACACAAUAUUUGCACUCAAAUCUAAAUUUUUCAACCGAAUUUAUUCCAUCUUUUAUUGUAUACAACUUCUAUAGUUUAUUACUAUAUAGUUAGGUAUUUCGAAGAAAUGAAUUUUGUAGCUGUGAAUAAAAUUAUUAUGUUGAACAGUGUUUUGUUAUCUAAAGUGACAAGUUAAAUAUCAUUCAAAAAUGUAAUUUGAAGUAAGGAAAAGAACUGAUUACUAACUACGAUUACUAAGAAGGGAUGCUUGGAUCAAAAAUUGUUAUUUGCGGU